ACAACGCAAAUGUCGCGCGCGUUAGUACGUGUACGACGACCGUAGUUGCAGUGCGUCAACGUGUUGGUGUGUAUUUUUAUAACAACCAUCUGCCGGCUGUGUGUAUUAGCCGCCGACUUAAAAAGUCGUAGUGAAACUAGUGUGGUUGCUAUUAAGUGCGGUACGUUCAGUGAAUACUUUGUUAUGUGUUGCUUAUUUUGCCAUACAUUUUGAGCCUUUCGAUGUACGGUUAGGGGAAGCGUAAAUGACGGGAUGGCCGGCCCGGACGCUGUUGCUGUUGGCCUUUGCGUUGUCGUCGCCAGCCAUUGUUUGGGGGAACGAUGACGGCCAGCAGCAGCAGGUCAACACGACCAUCACAGCAUCUUGGUGUACCCGUCCAGAAUGCACUUGCUCGCCUGUCUCGGAGGGCCGAGUGGCUCUCGAAUGCGUAUACACUGGCCAACAGAAUGUCGUUUGGGAACAUGAUAUCAGCAACAAAAACUUGACUAAAUCAUUGUCAAUGGUAUCCUUAUCAGGGGAAGGAGACACAUCAAUUAUUAUUACCGGAAAAACGUUUUCUCAAGCAGCCAAUCUCGUUUCACUUACCAUAACGGGAUUUGGAGAAGUUAGUAUUAAGAAAGAAGGGUUACAGAUCAAAAACAAAGGUUUACCCGAAUCGGUAAUAUGGUUAGUUAUAAAAAAAGCUCAAAGAGUAUACUUAGAUUCAGGGUCAAUUCAACCUCAAACUGGUGUGGUUGAUAUUCUCAUCGAAGACUGUGAUACAGUACGACUGAGCCAACAAAUAGUAUCUAAGUUAAGAAUGUUUACAUUUAGAAGAAUAGAAAGCUUGGAAUUAUCCGAAAAAACAUUUGUGGAAGCUGCUAUCGGUGUUAUAGAGCAGAUAAUUAUCGAAAAUGUUUUUUUGGAUGUUAUUCCAUCAUCAGCGUUUGUUACAUCGAUUAGUUCAAUGUUAAUUCGUAAUUGUUCAAUUGGAUUAAUAAGCCGAGAAGCCUUUCCCAAGACUAUGUUCACUAAUAUCACUUUAGUUCAUACAACAAUAGGAAGAAUAGAAAGUCACGCUUUUAGGGAAUCUGCUAUAAUGGAUAACUUACGGAUGACUAGAUGUAGAGUACAAAAUUUGGAAAAAGGAGCAAUCAUGGCUGCAGUGACUGAUAUAUUUUUCGAACAAUCAGAGUUUGGCACAAUUGAAUCGGGCGCUGUUACGGUGGCCAUCAACUUGACGUUAGAUAGCAACACCUUUCAGCAUGUAAAAACAAACGGAUUUAAUCUGUCAAACUGGCACGGAAUCCGAAUAGAAUCAAAUAUCUUUAAAAUUUUAGAGCGUAACGCGUUUUGCGAAUACAGUACAUCGUCGGGAUCAGCUUCCUCGGCGACGAUUGUUCGAAAUCUUUAUUUUUCUAAUAAUAUUUUGCAUCCAUUGUCAAGCGAAAGUGUUCCGUGGACACCAGCCAUUCGACUUAGGACAGCCGCCAACACUAUACGAGUGACGUCUAAUCGAUUGACGUCCAAAUGCGAUUGCUCACAACGAUAUAUGUUUGUGAUGGUAGACGGAAGCAGUUCUGUAAUAAGUGAAGAACGAGAGUUCGCCGAAAACAAUUAUUGUUUGGUGGACGCCACAGUCUAUGCUUGUUCUCAAAAUUUGACUUCAAAUAUUGCGGAUUAUGCUUAUGCCGCAGAAUUUCGAGACGCUGCUGGAUGUGGUACGGAUUUGGCAGUGGCUUAUGAAAGAUGCGUCCGUGAGACUGAAGCACUAUCAUCGGUUACGGAACAUCCAGACGGUGUUAGUUUUCGUGUGUUUGGUACAAUUUUGGGUCCCAAAGCUGAACGAGGUGUUAUUACCACCUUGGUACUUUUAAUAUUGUGCGGAUUUGGGACAGUUUGUGCGGUCAGUGCAAUAACUUGGUUAAAUGCUCGUGGUUUCUUCAUUAAACUCAGAUCUUUACUAACGUCAAAUGGGACCGGAGGAGGUAGGGGAGUGGGGAGUUUAGACAGGACUACCUCGGCGCAUUCCCUAUCACCUAUCUCUGUACACGAGUAUGCCGAAUUACAGCGAAAUAGAAUCGGAAAUGACUUUUACGUGACUGCGCCGCCAGCUGUUCGUGUGGUAGUUUAUCAAGAUAGAGGAACGCAGACAGUGCCGGAAGAGUUAACGCAAGAGAUGCUUCAGACUCUGAGAGACAAGCUGGAUGAUCCAGAAGACUAUGCCGAGGCUCGAGAUAUGAUCGAACACCUAUAUGACCUGAUACGGGUGGAGGAAACGUGCUGUGGAAAUAGUAACAGCGGCGGAAUCGACUGGUAUGGUGGAUUAGAUGAUAUGACUUCCACAACUACAACCAAAGCAAUAGUGGUCGGUGAUGGUGACAAUUACGGCGGUGGUCUAAAUACAAAAUCUGUAGGCACGGGAGCACCUUCAUUGGAAAAACUGUGGCCACCAAAAAUGACAUCUAUUAACUACAAAGAUCGGCCACAGCAACCGCCGCCGACGGUUGGAGAUGAUUACAUGGACCCAGCCGAUCUGUACGAAGAGUUGCAACGCACAGAUUGCGUAACUGACAACUUGCCCGAUGCGCAUAUCUACUGCGAGCUUCCUACUUCGCCACCAUCAAACUUUCUUACCAAAUAUAGAGUCUAACUGUAAUGAGACUUUUUACGUCGUUAGUCACAACUUUCAAUUUCAUUUAUUAAGAUAAAGACGUGUUAGCUGUUAAGUUUUAUUAGUUAUAAAUUUUUGUUUUAAGCGGACCGAGUCCGUUGACUGAUGAUCGAACUAGAGAUCCAAAUUUGUUUAUUUUUUUAUAUUGUUUACACCUUUAUUAUCCAUGUUUUUUUUAACUUUCUCGAAGAGCGCGGAUACAGUCGAAAUAUCCUUGAAGGCUAUCGCACGCUAUGGCCUUUAUUAAUUAAUGAAUUAUUAUAUACCGUAGCGUGUCAUCUACCGCCAUUAAAUUAAUACAUAAUUUAUUAUUGUGAUGUUUAUUUUACUACCAUCCUUUUUGUUUAUUUUGUUUUUGUUAAACGUGUUGUAUCACGUAUUAUUUGUGUCAUAAAUAAAAAUAAAGAGUACUAUAUAUGUGUAAAAUAUCAAGUUAUAUAUUUGUAAAUAAGUUUUAUUUUAUUAAAUUAUAAAUACAAUAUUUAUAUGUAUAUGUAAACAAAAUAGG